ACCUUCCAUGGUGCGCGAUACUCCUGCUUGUCCCUCUUUGUCCGGUGGCGAAAGAAGGCCAUGAUAAUUAUGGCAAAAUUUGCGUUUUUGAAUGAAUUAUAGUUGAAUGGUGGAUCAACAAGCAUACACCGUGUGACGACUGGUUUGCUGGCAAUGACACACCAGAGAGUUUCAAUUUAAAGGACAGCAGAGCAAGCAACGGAGAAAGGUCAUAUUAGCUAAUGGCUGCCGAAUCGGGGAGACUACUGGCGGGACAUGGAAAACGAAGCAAAGCUUCACAGAUGAAGAGCCCGGAGAAGAAGAAGGCUAGGAAAUCCACGACUCAGGCGGUGGGGUUCUCCCACCUCACUGAGUUUGCACCUCCUCCUACGCCUAUGGUGGACCACCUGGUUGCCUCCAACCCAUUUGAUGAUGACUUUGGGCCCCCAUCCCGACCUAGUGGGGCAGGUGGACCAGGUGGUGCUCCAUUUCUUCCCAGCCCAGGUGCAGGUGGAGGAGGUGGGUAUGGAGGUGGCGGCAGAAUAGGUGGAGGCAUGAGCUUCAUGGGAGGCCCCGGAGGACCAGGUGGUGGUCAGCCUGGAAGGAGGCCACCCUUCGGCCCUCCAUCCAACGCUGGACCUCACCACCAGCUAGGCUUUGGAGGUAUGCCUGGCUUUGGAGGUGGUGGUGGGGGCAGCAGUGGGGGAGGAGGAGGCGGUGGUGGAUUCCCCCCUGGUGGCCCUUCUCAGUUUAAUAUGCCACCAAAUUUCAGUCCACCCAUGCACCCUGGGCCAGGAUUCAAUCCCAUGUUGUCUCCAGGGAGUAUGGGAGGUCCCGGAGGAGGAGGGCCACCCCACCCUCGUUUUGGCAUGCCUCCACAACAGCAGCAUGGGCAGGGUGGACACCCAUUCAACAGCCCACCACUGCCUGGUGGCGCAGGUCCCAGAGGGCCCCCACAUGGCCCCCUGCCUCCUAUGGGGGGAGGAAUGGGUCCUGGGAUGAACAUGAUGGGUGGCAUGAGUGGCGGCCCCGGAGGCAACAUGGUGGGUGGGUUGCCAGGUAUGCCCCCUCAAGGACAGUUUCCUCCCUCACAGGACGGUCCCUAUCCUGGUCCCAGUCCGCCAGGGCCAGGCAAUGAGGAUGGAAAGAACUUUGGUGGAGGAGGGGCACCACCUGGGCCCCAGCAGCAGCAGCAGCAGCAGCAACAACAGCAGCAGCAACAGCUUAACCUUAAUCCCAAUGGUCCCCCUAGUAAUGCUGCUUCUGGCCCUCCUCCUAACUCUGGCCAACCACAGCCUGGGGGGGGCUUCCCUGGACACCCUGACGUCCAGCAGCCCAACGCCAAUACACCUGGUCAGCCUCCUUCAGCACCACCACAGCCUAAUCCCAAUUCAUCUCCUACAGGUCCCCUGAAUGGAUCAGGCCAGUCCCAGCACCCACCAAACAGUCAGCUACAGCCCCCUAGCAACACAAACACCCCCAAUUCUAAUAGCUCUACCCAGCCGCAACAGCAACAAUCUACUCCUCCUAACUCUGUUUCUGGCUCCACCCCUUACAACCAGCAAAACAACACUCCUGGUGCUGGUGGUCCCAUGCCAAACGCUGCCCCCAGUUCAGGUCAGAACAACAUGACAAACAACAAUGGAAGCAACACUCCUGGCAGCAACCCCAACCCCCCAUCUAACUCCACCUCAACCCCAAACACCCAGUCCCCUCUGCCCCCUGGUCCUACUGCCCCCUCCACUGGGCCUGGUUCUGGCCCUGGAAAACUUGGUGGCACUGGGAUGGUCUUCCCUUGCGGCCUUUGUAUGGCGGAGGUACACGACGAUCAGGAUGCCAUCCUAUGUGAGGCAUCGUGCCAACGCUGGUUCCACCGUGAUUGCACAGGCCUGACAGAACCAGCAUAUGGACUCCUGACUCGUGAGAGCGCUGCUGUUUGGGCCUGUGACUUCUGCAUCAAGACUAAGGACAUCCAGGCUGUCUUUGUGCGCCAGGGCUUAGGCCAGCUGGUGGCAGCUAAUGAGAGUUGAGUAGUGGAUGGAAAAGGAGUAGCAUGAAGGUGUGACACAUAUGGACAAACAGAGACAUUUUGUGCUCUGAUCUCACUGAAUGACCUCUGUGUCAUGUCAGCUAUUUGCCCAGCUUUCUCCCAACUAGCCCUUUACUCAUUCACUACACAGAAAAACACACUCAUUGAUGUUCAUGCUUAUAAUAUAGCACUUUGAGUGACUCUAGGCAGAUGAUUUUUCUUCACCCCCGAUAUAGGAGUCAAAUCAUGAUGAAUGUUCAACUACACAGUCUUUGAGACAUCUAGCCUGCCAACCAGCAAAGCACUGACACCAACACACUACCUCACACCGUUUGUGACUAACUGGCACAGAAGCUCCUGCACUAACUGACUGUGAUCGACUCACCAGUGAGAUGAUAUUUCAGAUACACAUAGACCCACAUUUGGCCGGGAAAGUAAUGUUGAAAUAUUCCUUUACUGUGUAUUAAUACAUUAACUCAAAUUAUCAACUUGAUUUAGAUUUUUUUUUUCCAGCUUUAAUUUGAAAUGGAUGUGAUAUAGCCAAUCUAUACAUUAACAAAAUGAAAGAGCCCCUAAAAUUCUAAAAGAGACUUGGGAUUCAUUCACAGCUGUAUUUGCCAACACAGUCCUUCAUUCCAGCACUGCCUAAUCACAGUUUUUUAUUUUAUUUUAUUUUUUUACUGAAAGCCAGUGAAGAAAAUGGAAAAAAUACAUCAGUAUAUUGCAGUGUAAAGUCUAUCAGGCAUAUUGCUAACAUAAACAUCAAGUGCGGAAAAAAAAAGGGUUUUAUGACGGUUCCUGAGCCUAUACACAUGCAUACAUACACACAUACACUUUGACCCCAUAUUUCUUAUACAUGUCAUUUUGUACCCAGUGCUAAACCACAGGAGUCCUGGGCUGAGACUUCAUCCACACAUCACAGAGAGGAUUUUACCACCGUUUACAUCUGUAAAUAUUAGGACAAACCAUUUGUCCGGAACUCCCGUCAGUUGUGAUCAUGCUGCAAAGUUGACCAACAAACAAAAUAACCAGUUGAACUUGUGUGUCUUGGUUGUAAACUUUGACCUUUUUUAUACAGUACAAUUGAGUCAACAUUAUCUCUACAGUACACAUGAAUUGUGAAACCAGUGCUUUUGGAUGGUGUUGGCAUAGCGAGUAGUG